GGCAGCUGACGGACAGAGAGUGAGCGAGCAAGAGAAAGUAGUACUCGGACUGUAGCAUCCAGCUGUCUGCCUCUCACUGGAAUAAUCUAAAUCCAUUGGUGAACAAAUGCUUUGAAAAGAAAAAAGCCUUCUUAGAAGUUGGAAGUCUGUCUCUUUGCACGUGUUUGGAAUGAAGCACCCGUGGGACAUUCACUUCCUCCUGCUCAUCCUCAUCUACUUGCUAGGAGCCGUCACAUCCCAGGUCAACCCAGGUGUGUGUCGGUAUCCUCUGGGGAUGUCUGGAGGACAGAUACAGGACGAGGACAUCUCUGCUUCCAGCCAGUGGUCUGACACCACCGCUGCUCGAUAUGGCAGGUUGGACUUUGAGGAGGGUGAUGGCGCGUGGUGUCCGGAGAUAACAGUGGAGCCAGACAACCUGAAGGAGUUCCUUCAGAUUGAUCUGCGCUCCCUCCACUUCAUCACACUUGUGGGAACCCAAGGACGCCACGCAGGAGGCAUUGGGAAUGAGUUUGCCCAGAUGUACAAGAUCAAGUACAGUCGUGAUGGGAGCCGCUGGAUCUCGUGGAGAAACAGGCAGGGCAAGCAGGUGAUCGAGGGAAACAGAAAUGCCUAUGACAUCGUCCUCAAAGACCUCGAGCCGCCCAUCAUUGCUCGCUUUGUUCGCUUCAUGCCUGUCACAGACCACUCCAUGAACGUCUGCAUGCGAGUGGAGCUCUAUGGCUGUGAAUGGCUGGAUGGCCUUGUUUCAUACAACGCUCCUGUGGGAGGGCGGAUGAACUUACCUAAUUACCCUGUUUAUCUCAACGACUCUGUCUAUGACGGAGCUAUCAUCUACAGUAUGACAGAAGGCUUGGGCCAGCUGACUGAUGGCGUCUGUGGCUUGGACAAUUUUACUGUGAGUCAUGACCCCAAUGGAUGGCCAGGCUAUGAUUACGUGGGCUGGAACAAUGAGAGCUUCCCAAAUGGAUUUGUGGAAAUAAUGUUUGAGUUUGACCGUAUACGAAACUUUACCACGAUGAAGGUCCACUGCAGCAACAUGUUCUCUAGGCAUGUCAAGGCCUUCCGCCAGGUGGUUUGUUACUUCCGCUCUGACUCAGACUGGGAGACCACACCGCUUUCCUUCAGCCCAGUGGUGGACGAGAAGAAUCCCAGCGCCCGCUUCGUCAUUGUCAGCUUGGCCAAUCACAUGGCCAGCGCCAUCAAGUGCCAGUUCUAUUUUGCUGAUGCCUGGAUGUUGUUCAGCGAGAUCACCUUCCAGUCAGAUACAGCCAUGUACAACACAACCCUGGCUCCACCCAACACAGGGCAAACAUCUAACACACCACCAGCUGAAGAUGACCCCACACACAAAGUAGAUGACAGCAACACCCGCAUUCUUAUUGGAUGCUUAGUAGCCAUCAUCUUUAUCCUUGUUGCCAUUAUUGUCAUCAUGUUGUGGAGGCAAGUGUGGCAGAAGAUGCUGGAAAAGGCUUCUCGUCAGAUGCUGGAUGAUGAACUAACUGCUAGUUUGUCAAUACAGAGUGAGACAUUGGGCUACAACCACAGCCACAACCAAUCAAACACAACCAAUGAACAGGAGCCUAAUUCAACCUAUGAGCACAUCUUUCCUCUCGGUUCAGACUAUCAGGAACCAUCGCGCCUCAUAAGUAAGCUGCCGGAGUUUUCACAGAGAUCAGAAGAAUCCAGUUCAACCAGCACUUCUGCUUCUAAAUCCAUCGCCUCUACUGCAGUCCAAGAUGGCGUCCCUCACUAUGCAGAGGCAGACAUUGUAAACCUACAAGGUGUAACUGGAAGCAACACAUAUGCCAUCCCUGCAGUAACUAUGGACCUCUUGUCAGGGAAGGAUGUUGCUGUGGAGGAGUUCCCACGAAAACUGCUCACAUUUAAAGAGAAGCUUGGAGAAGGCCAGUUCGGAGAGGUGCACUUGUGUGAAGCAGAAGGAAUGCAGGAGUUUAUGAAUAAAGAGUUUUUGUUUGACAUCGCAGAAGACCAGCCCGUCUUAGUGGCCGUGAAGAUGCUCCGUUCAGAUGCCAACAAAAAUGCAAGGAACGACUUCCUUAAAGAAAUAAAGAUCAUGUCACGUUUGAAGGACCCCAACAUCAUUCGCCUGCUAGCUGUGUGCAUCUACAGCGACCCUCUCUGCAUGAUCACAGAGUACAUGGAGAACGGAGAUCUCAACCAGUUUCUGUCCCGCCACAAACCAGAGGGACAGCUUGCUCAGCUUAGCAAUGCGCCUACUGUCAGCUUUAGUAAUCUCUGCUACAUGGCCACUCAGAUAGCCUCGGGGAUGAAGUACCUGUCCUCUCUAAACUUUGUUCAUCGAGACUUGGCCACACGAAACUGCCUGGUGGGCAAAAAGUAUACAAUAAAGAUAGCUGACUUUGGAAUGAGCAGAAACCUGUACAGUGGGGACUACUACCGGAUCCAGGGCAGAGCAGUGCUGCCUAUACGCUGGAUGUCAUGGGAGAGCAUCCUGCUGGGGAAGUUCACCACAGCCAGUGACAUGUGGGCCUUUGGGGUGACCCUGUGGGAGAUACUAAACUUCUGCAAGGAACAACCCUACUCUCAGCUCACUGAUGAGCAGGUGAUAGAAAACACAGGAGAGUUUUUCAGGGACCAGAAACGACAGAUCUACCUGCCUCAGCCUGUGCUGUGCCCGGACUCGCUCUACAAGAUCAUGCUGAGCUGCUGGAGGAGGAACACAAAGGAACGGCCCUCCUUCCUGGAAAUACACAGGGCCCUCUUGGAAAUGCAAUCUUAAGCCAGUGCAGUGUUUAAGACAGUAAUUCCCAGUCUGCUCAUCUCUGGAAGAAAGUAAAAAAGACAACAAUAACAGCAGACACAAUCCAGGUUUAAGCUUGUCUCGGUAGAGAAACAGGGUUGGGGGCACUACGGACUAUCAAAAACACUGAGUGUGUCAUUUAUUAGUACAAGCACGUUGGCUAAAAUGUUUUAUAGACAUAGAAAUAUUCUUAGAAAAACCACCAUGUUUCAUCCCUCAAAUAUGUUUAAGGACAUGACCUAAGGCUCUGACUUGUGUUAGUGAAGCCGUGACUUAAUGUAGCAAGUGACAUUCGGCACUUUUGAAAACACAUUUGUUAAUGUUGGUUUAAAUUUCUCACAUUACAGCAAUUUUCUUAUUAACAAAACAUAUGCAACUGAAAUUUCUGGUGUUUUCUCUUGGAAGACUGCUUGAAUGUAGAGGAGGAAAGUGCAGAAAAGCCAUCACUGUUACAGUUCAUCAUAUCUCAAGUAUCUAAUCUCCACACAUUUAGAGUAACAAGAAUAACAAGGAAAUAUCUGUUAAAUCUCCUUGCAGUGGUUUCAACAUGAAAUGUAUAUGACUCUGUAUUUUCAACAGGUAAGUCUAAAUCAAAUACCCGUAUUUUGUAUUAGUAUUUAUAUGUUCAUGUGCAUUUGCUCUGUUUGUUUUGUUUAUAUAUUUGUAUAUUGCUAUGCUCUUCAUUUGGAGUAUCAUUUUUGAUUUAAUGCAGUAAAUCUCCUAGGUUACAUUUUGGAUUCAUACAUUAUCUUUUAUCCUGCUGCAAACUGUUGGGUUGAUCAUACACUAAGCGCUAUACCAUUCUGAUUGAUAAUUGAUGAGAUAUUGAACGAUUCUUAUCAGGAAUCCGGGCCGUGUUGGUUCAACAGUAUGUGUUUACAGUCUGCGUCAUUAGAAAGAUGUUAGUGAGUGUGCUGGGGAUGUUGAAGUUCAAAAGAAAACAAGUCUUUUAUUGAAAGCAGAUGAAAUGUGGAUAUUCAUCCUAAAUGGUGUGUUUGAUUAGAACCACAGGAUGCCUAUGACUGAACGCUUACACACACAGUAGUUUAUACAAGCAAAUAAAAACUAAAAACUGACCCGUCAUCGACAGGUUCAGUUAUCUGCAGUCAUUUUUCUUCUUCUGUUAAUGUACUUUUUCCUCUUUGAUUCAUUUUCCAUUUGGCAUAAGUCUGUGCGCUUUGUUUUCUGAACUCUUAUUGUUUGAAGCCCAUCCUACACACCGAAGUUUCAGACGCUUUUACUGUGUUUACAGGCUUUAUUUUCUCCGGCCUUUGUUCCUCAUUGUAAAUUAAAGAUGCUCAAGGCAUUGUGUUUUCAAUUUAUACUCGUCAGGGCAAAGAAGUUCUACAAAAUGAGUCUCUGGAGCUUGAAAGGCUUCUUCAGUUCUAAAACCAAUUGGUGGAGACUCCCAGUUAUUUAAACCCAGUGGAGGUUGUCCCUCGGUGGUGUUCAUUGACCCGUUAUUGUUCAUGCACAUAUUAUAGACACCAAGGUAUAAACAACAAUUACUGAGCAGAGAUGGUGGAUCACGAUGGCAACUGUCUCCGACUCACACCUUUCUUCAGGUGACCUUAACAGGUCACUUGAUAGAGAGGGGUGAAGUCUCACAGUGCUUUCACCUGAAACCACUUAUUGGCCUUUUUUUUUUUUCUCACCUUGGUGAGGAUGGACCUCAGAGAGGUGAAACGUCUUCGAGAAAGAAUUCCAGUUGCUUUUUUUUUCAAGCUCCAGAGACUACCAUAACCCGGAUGACUGAGAACCUACAAAGAUAUUCAAAUUAAAUAUGUCAUUUGACUUUAAGAUCAAUGUAUGAAGCUUGUGAUUACUUUCACAGGAUAAAGACACUUUUUCACGGCAUUCUUAAUCCACUCCACGUUUGAAAGGAGCUGGGGGCAGAAAUGUAGCCCUACAAAGUCCUAAUAUGCUGAGAUUCAUUUCAUGUUUGUACUCAAAUGUUUCAGUGAGAAUGUUUUAUAUAUUUCUGUAAGCAAAAGUUGUUCAUUAAAUAAAAAUUAA